ACAAUUUCACAUAAAGUAAAGUAAUGAAGUAUUUUUACAUUUCACAAUAUCAAUAUCAAGUUGCAAAUUCGUGUCUUGUAAUUUAUAAUUGUGCUUCUGUGAAAUUUAAUUCGUGUUUGUAUCGAAAUUUAUAGUGAUCUAGAUCCAAGCGUUGAAACUGCUUAAACAUGGGGAAAGGAGGAAAGAAAAAGGGUCAAAAAAAGGAGGCAGAACAACAACCAUCAUCAAGUACUGAGCAACAAACUGGUGAACCGACUCCAUCAGGAUCAGAAGAUGUAGUUUCAGUGCCAUCUAGCACUGCAGAAUUAAAACCAGAUGCACCAAAAGACACUUCAGGAACAAUUGAUAAAGAAGCAGAAGGGCUCGGUUUAGAUAUUGGUGAGAAGAGACGGAAGCCACGGAAAAAGAAGGGUGCUGUCCAAGCGCAAGUUGCCACAGCGGAGACUGCGCCAUCACAAACUACACCGUCCGAAAUAAAAGUCACUGAAUUGGCUCAACCCAUAGCUGAAAUUGCAGAACAAAUGCCACAACCUGGUCAAUCAGGCGGAGGAUGGGGGCGAGGCGGUGGCUCUGCUCGGUCCCUACCACCACAAUCCGGCCCUUGGCCUCCUCAAAUGGGUUAUGGUGAGCCAGGUGCUCCUGGACCAAGACCAAGCACUGGGAGAGGCCGGGGACAUAGACCUGGGCAUUUUCCCCAAUCGGUAACCUCAUGGGGAGCUCCCCAGCCAAUUCGCAGUGCAUCAUCAACACCAAUGAGUCCUUCAGAACCCCAAACAUUUGGAGGCCCGAGUCAGGCUCCAGAGCCCAAAUAUAUUCCAGUUUCGACAGUGUCACAGUCCACUUUUGGUAAAAAAGACUUACCCAGUGACCAACAAACUGUUUCUCAGGCUGUGACGCAAUACAAGAUACCAGAUGCCAUAAGGCGCGGGACGGUACCCUCGAGAGCUAUUAGAUUGUUGACAAAUUACUUGCCAAUGACCAUCAAUUAUAUAAAAGUACAUCGUUAUGACGUUUGUUUUAAACCGGACAAACCGAAAAAGAUGAUACCACAAGCAUUUCUGAAAGCCAAGGCUUUGAAGUUCAGAAAUAAUGUAAUUGCAUUUGAUCAAAUGAAGAAUUGCUACAGCAUUCAACCAUUGGCUGGCGUUACUCAAACUGAUAGAUAUGCUAUUAACGUGGAAUUAAUUGACAACAAUGGUAAACCAAUGGCAAUUGAAGUGUCAUUCAAGUAUACUGGAUUGGUUGAUUUAAAUCGCUUGGGACAGCAUAUGGCGAAUGGCGGUAGUUCAUUGAACCCCCCAACUGAAGCUAUACAAUGUAUUGAUGUGAUAUUGAGACAGGGGACUCUUGAGUCAUAUGUUAAGGCUGGGAAGCAAUUUUUCAGAAGACCUCACAACCCUGUUGAUCUCGGUUUUGGUUUGGAAAUGUGGACGGGACUCUUCCAGUCGGCCAUCUUUACAUCCAAGUCGUAUAUUAACAUUGAUGUUGCUCACAAGGGUUUCCCUAAACAACAAUCAAUGAUACAAGCCUUCACCAACGAUUUUCGUUUGGAUCCUACCAGGCCUUUGGAACAUCAACGCAGCCCUAGAAAUGUGGAAUUGUUUCAUGAAUACAUUAAGGGCUUAAGGGUGACUGCAGUAAUCGGUGCGGAUACUUCAACGAAGGGUCAGCGGCGGGAGUUCAUCUGCAACCGCGUGGUGGAGCCGCCCGCCCGCCUCUUCUUCAAUAUGACACACCCCGAUGGACGGAAUGAGAAGAUCUCCGUCCUCGAUUACUUCGUCAGGGACAAGAGAUAUAGACUAAGAUAUCCUGACCUCAACUGCUUGUGGGUGGGACCAGCAAAUAAGAGUUUAUAUUUCCCAAUGGAAUUAUUGGAUGUUGCAUACGGACAGCCUUUAAAGAAACAGCUGAAUGACAUUCAAUUAUCGAAAAUGGUUCAAGAAGCGGCGACCCCUCCUAACAUUCGUAAGAAUAAAAUUGAAGAGGUCAUCAAAGAUAUGAAUUACAGUGGGAAUCCAUUCUUCAAACACUUCGGUCUUCAGAUCUCUGAUAAAUUCUUAGAAGUGGAUGCCAAAGUGCUGCACCCACCGAAAUUACUCGUCGGAGACAGAAAAUUAGUCGAGCCUAGACGCGGGGUGUGGAACGCGAACACAUUGCUGCAGGCGAGCGCGCUCCGCUCGUGGGGCUUCGUCGCUAUCGAAUGCAACCCCACGCAGUGCAAUUAUCAAAAUAUCAUCCAAAUGGUGCUCCGUGUGGGCAAUCAGAUGGGAAUGCCGGUGGAGCAGCCGAAGUGUAUGCACUUCAACAUCAGGAUGUCCGACCUCGCUAAUGUUCUCUUCAGCGCGUUGGAGAAAGACAUCAAUUUUCUCUUCGUUAUUGUGUCCAGAGCCGGCCGCGAUUACUAUCAUAGGGUGAAACGCUUCGCGGAGUUAGAUGUGGGAAUCCUCACUCAGUGCAUUAAGGAGGACACCGCCGCACGCCGCAUGAACGACCAGACUGUCAGAAACAUUCUAUUGAAGGUGAAUUCAAAAUUGAUGGGUAUUAACCAAGCUUUGGAUGGUCGCUGCAUGCCGCCGUGUCUGCGAGGGCCGGUGAUGGUGGUGGGCGCUGACGUCACUCACCCCUCCCCGGAUCAGUCGAACAUUCCCAGUAUCGCGGCGGUGACUGCGUCCAUCGAUCCGAAAUGUUUCCUCUACAAUAUUGAACUCUCUGUACAGACACCUAAGAAAGAGAUAAUAGUGGAGUUUGAAGAUAUGAUGGUGGACCACUUGGUUGUUUACCGCAAACACAAUCAGAACAUGUUGCCUAAAAAGAUAUACGUUUUCCGCGACGGUGUCUCCGAAGGACAGUUUGAAGAGGUGAUGAACAGCGAGCUGACGGCCGUGUACCGCGCAUACCGCAGAAUGUCCGGACAGCCGGAGAAACCUGAGGUUUUGUUCCUUUUGGUGCAGAAACGGCAUCACACUAGAUUUUUCUCGGGCGCUCAGAAUCCGCAAAACGUUGAGCCCGGUACGGUCGUCGAUAAACAGAUCGUGCAUGCCAAAGAAUUAGAUUUUUAUUUGGUGUCCCAUCAGGCAAUAAAGGGGACAGCGCGUCCCACUCGAUACCACGCGGUGUGCAACGACGGUGGCAUCCCCAUAGACGAGGUGGAGCAGCUGACAUACUACCUGUGCCACCUGUACGCGCGCUGCAUGCGCGCCGUCUCCUACCCCACGCCCACAUACUACGCGCACCUCGCCUGUCUGCGCGCCAAGUCGCUCACACAUGGCGAUAAAUUCGACAACGAAGCGUUGGAGAAGAAACCAAAACGGCUUUACGUUCUAAAGAAAAUGCUCGAUUUCAGCAGAAUGUUCUUUGUUUAAAUGUAAGAUUGUUCUUUCUAUAUAUAAAAAACUAAAAAAAGUAUACAAGAAAUCGUUGAAGGAAAAGAGGAAAUUAAAUAACUAAUCAUCACACUAUAGGUAUGUAAGAAUUGGUUUAGCUUGAAAACCUGACAUAACCGUAACCUUCGAGACAUGAAAAAUAGUAUAAAAAUAACUGAAAAUGGAAAAAAUUGCUCCAAUUUACAUUAAAUUUAUUUUUUGCUGGAACUUUUUAAUUCCGUUCCAAUUCAUAUUAACCUGCACAGCCAUCGGUUUAACAAAGAAUUG